GAGGAUAUGUCCCUGUACCAUCCAAGAGCGUAUAGCUCGGUUAUUCCACGUUUAAUUACCUUAAAAAGGGCAUAUCAGUUAAUGGCGCAAACGUUAGAAUUGCCCAGCAAUUGCAGAAUACUUUAUCUAAGUUAAUUCCGUUAAAACGAUACUUAAUAUCUGGACUAAUUGUUUCAAACCUUUAAUUAGUUAUUUGUUACUAUGACUGAAAUUCCGGCAGACUUUAAAAAUCAUGCGCCUGGACUUUCUUAUUAUUCGCUUGUUAGUUCUGUUUUAGAACCGCUUUCAAACACUCGAAAGAACAGACACUUGCCGACAAGGAGCGACGUUUACAAACGGAAGCAUGACAUACUUGAAACCUAUAUGAAUCGCUGGAGGGAAGACGUGGGUCCGGACCUGUAUCCUAUGAUGAGACUGUUGCUUCCUGAACUGGAUAGACAACGCAAUUCGUACGGAUUUAAAGAGUUUGGUUUAGGGAAACUUUUUGUGAGAGCAUUCCAUUUGAGUCCCCAUUCGGAAGAUGCUCUUGCCUUGAAAGAAUGGAAAUCACCACAAAGCAAGUUUAGUGGAAACUUUAUUGCUGUUGUCCAAGACGUAAUCAAUCGAAGAGCACUUCGAAAUUAUCCUAGCACUUAUUCCAUAGACGAUGUUAACUCGUUUCUGGAUGACAUAUCUAAUGCUCCAAAUGAGGCUACAAAAGUGAAAGUUCUGGAGGAACUGUAUCAACACAUGUCGGCUAUUGAACUGAGAUGGCUUGUUCCUAUUUUGUUAAAAGUAAGACGAUUUGGAACUUCUGAAAACUUCAUUCUCUCCGUAUUUAACAUUGAUGCUGCCCGUCUUUACAGAUUGUGUAGUUCAUUAAAGCGAGUAUGCUAUGAAUUGCACGACCCCAAUAAACGGCUUACGAAAAAACAAAAAGAGGUAAAUGUUUUCAAUUGUUUUCAACCACAAUUAGCGAACUACACAAAAGUUGAACUUAAGGAGGUCGUGGAAUGUAUGCACAAUAAACCUUUUUGGAUUGAAGAAAAGCUGGACGGAGAACGUAUACAGCUACAUUAUGCUAGAGGUAACUUUCAAUUCUACAGUCGCAACUCCUUCAAUAUUACAGAUGUAUACGGUUCGUCAUAUAACGAUGUCGACUCAAAGUUGACAAAGUACCUUAUUGGAUCAUUUCAGGAGAACGUCAGGGAAGUUAUACUUGAUGGAGAAAUGGUCACUUGGGAUCCAAUUAUGGAGACUGUAAUCCCUUAUGGAAGCUUACGUGCAAGUUCUACGUCAACUAAUGAAGAGUAUUCCUACUAUCCUUACUAUGUGGUAUUCGACAUACUAUUUUUGAACGGCUUUUCUUUAUUGAAUUAUUCGUUAGAAUCACGGAGAAAAAUACUGAGUAAAGUUAUAAUUAGCGAGACGCGCAGAAUGAGUGUGCAUCGCUAUACCGAAGGAAGCACAGUGGACGAUAUUGAUCGCGCACUUAAAGAAACUGUCAUAGAAAAGUCAGAAGGCCUUGUGAUAAAGAACCCGACAAGUCCAUACACACUUGGUGAACGCACAAACGACUGGAUCAAAGUGAAACCGUACUAUAUGGAAGGCUUCGGCGAGGAUUUAGAUUGCUUAAUAAUGGGCGGUUAUUAUGGUAGAGGAAACAGGAAGCAUUUAAGCUCAUUCCUCUGUGGAUUAAGAGUUAGCAAGCAUGAUUCAAAAGAACCAAUUGAACAAUUCCAGUCAUUCUUUCGAGUAGGAGGCGGGUUUACUCGAAAUGACUAUGCAUCCAUCAGGGAAAAAACAAAUGGAAAAUGGCACGAAUGGAAUGAUGAAGCAUUCCAAUAUCAUAUAUUGGCCGGGGCUACGAAAACCGUGAACAAACCGGACUUAUGGAUUCGGCCACAUGACUCUAUUGUUUUACAAAUUAAGGCCGCCGAAACAGUUCCCACCGAUAAGUUUUCUACUGGAUUUACACUUCGUUUUCCACGACUUCAACAUAUUCGGCUGGACAAGGAUUGGAGGAGUGCUCUGACAUUUAAUGAGUUUUUGGCUCUAAACGAGCAAGCUAAAAAGAUCCCAAAAGAACAUUCACGGAUCCAUCGCAAAAAAAAGGUUGUCCUUGGAAAACGCAAACGCAUGUCUUUUCCUCCUGAGUAUCAGCAAACUGGCUCGCCUCUAAAAGUCGAGAGUAAUCUCUUUGAAGGCUUUUUAUUUUUUGUAACGGCACUCGAAAGCAAGGAGUAUACGAAACCCAUGCUUGAAAAGGAAAUUCUUUCGCAUAAGGGAAAAAUUCAGCAGUCGAUUGAUUCAAACGGAAGAGACUUAAUUGUUAUUGCCAAUAAACCAACGCUAAGAACAUCUUUGGCGACGACACGAGGAGUAAAGCGAAUUGUUCGGCCAGAAUGGGUUAUAAAGAGUAUUCAAGAGGAACGCCUAUUGCCGGAAUAUGAUUUUCUACUAUUUCCUCAGCAGCCCUGGGCUUAUGAAAAUCUUAGCAAUGUUUUGGAAAAUCUUCAUUCUGCUGAUUUGAAUAUAAUGGCUAGAUUGUGUGAUUCUUACCAUCAAAUACAGUUUGAAAAAACAAAAGCUUUGGACCUAAGUUUACUGAUUACAAAGGAAUUUCAGCAGUUCUACCCAUUUUAUAAUACGCGAGCGUAUUUAGCAAAGCAGAAACUUGACGGGCAAGAUGGAUUUACUCAUCAUGCAAAAUGGACACUAGCAGUUGAUUUGUUGAGAGUCUAUGGGGCGACUAUACAGCAAAGUCUCAAUAAGGAUACGACGUUGGUGGUUUUUGAUUCAAUAACAUCUGAAGAUGAAAGUCACUUGGCUUCUGCUUGCAAUGUGAAAGGAAUUACAGCAAAACUUGUUUCUUUACACGCAUUCUUGGAAACAUGGCAAUCGACAGUAUCGGAACUUCUUGAAACAAGUUCCCAAGCAAGUGCCAAAAUAGAAACUGACAACGACUAGUGUUAUUAUUUGAUAGUUCUUUUCAUAGUCAGUUUUGAAUAACAUAUUCAAGACUUGUUUUAAUUUUCUAUACAGGCUACCAAAGGACACUCACUGCAUAAUCG